GAAUCCUAGGUGAGAAGGAAUUGACAAAUGAUGGUUGAUGACUUUAGAGUGGCGUAACAUCACACACAAAUCAACCAAUCAACAGGCUUUUGACGUGCCGUCAUUUUGACGAAGGUGUCAAAGGUUUUUGUCGUCGCUGUCGUUUGAAUUGAUAAUUAUAAAAUCUUGCAUUGUCUAAUUUAAACUAACCUACUUCCCCCUUGAACAAGCAACAUGAAGGAAGUGGUGGUAGUUCUUGUUACAUUGUUCAUAACAACCCACGUGUACGGGGACAUCCUGUUGUCUGAUAAAACAUAUGUUAACGGUGUCCUAGUGGCUGAGAAAAAGGUCCCGGAAGUCCAGAAACGGAACUUUCAGCGAGUUUGGGUUGAUGAGGCAGUCAGCGUUAUGUCCAUGGGUGAAACCCCAAAACCUCUGUACGUGGGCAACGCUGUUGUCAUGCAGUCACAUGACUACAAAGAUGGCGCCUUCUUCCCAAUUGGACCUAAAAAGAGUUUUAAGGCUUUUUAUUUCCGAAAUCAACCUCCUAUUCCACGAUCCGUGAUGGCGAAAUAUGGACUUUUAUAACUGGUUUAUAUCAAAUACAACUUUUCGUAUUAAUAUUUCUUGAAUUUCUUUACUCAGAUGACGAUGGUGAUGGCGAUAAUUCGAGUUUCCAUUCCAAAAUCAAGAAUGGUUGAUAAAACUGGAUAUCCACAACAAACAAUUGUAUUGUGCCAUACAAAAAACAUAGCGUGUUCGUUUCUUUUGCAUCAAUCGUGUUUAAGUAGCAGAAAAACAUACAUUUAUAUGAAUGUAUUUACAAAUAACCAAUUUCUAUGUAGCGAAAUAUCCAACGGAAAUGAUAUGAAAAUAGUGAUUAAUGAACACCAAUUCCGGUGCAAUUUACCUCUUUGACAGCUUUUGUUUCUGACUCCGUUCUUGUAUGUUUUUGAUUGUAUAUUUCUGGGCUAAAAUACUCCAGUAUUCAUACAAAAGGGAGGAUAUGUGCUCAUUUGAAUAUUUUUAUCUUAGUUGCUUAUUCUGGUCGAUAGAUAUGCAAUUUUUUCUCA